GGGGAGGAGGAGGAGGAGGCGGAGGAGGAGGAAGAGGCGCUGCCGCCGCCUUCCCGGGCCGGAGCGGGGCAGUGCGGUGCCUCCCUCCCUCCUUCCGCCUCCCUCCGCGCCGCCGGCGCCGGGGCUCCAUCGGCGGCCCCCGGGACAGGCAGGAACUGAUAUUCAAUGGCUAGAAACAGAGGUGACAAGUGGCUGAAAUGAAUACGACUACUAUCCUACAAGAGAUUUUGAUUAAAAGAUCACAGCAGAAGAAAAGGACUUCUCCCUUAAACUACAAAGAGAGGCUUUUUGUACUUACAAAGUCUAUGCUAACAUAUUAUGAAGGUCGAGCGGAGAAAAAGUACAGAAAAGGAUCUGUGGAUAUUUCAAGGAUUAAAUGUGUAGAAGUUGUAAAAAGUGAUGGUAUUAUUCCCUGUCAAAAUAAAUAUCCAUUUCAGGUUGUAUAUGAUGCUAAUACGCUUUAUAUUUUUGCACCAAGUGCACAAAGCCGGGAUCAGUGGGUGAGGAAUCUGAAAGAAGAAAUAAAGAACAACAGCAAUAUAAUGGUAAAAUAUCACCCUAAAUUCUGGACAGAGGGAAUUUAUCAGUGCUGCAGACAGACAGAAAAAUUAGCACCUGGCUGUGAAAAAUAUAAUCUUUUUGAAAACAGUGUAAUGAGAUUGCCUUCUCCAAUGCCAGAAAAAAGUGCGCGAAGGCCUCCCCCACCAGUUCCUCCAGUUGAAGAAAAUGGCAGCGAAGACGAGGAGAUAGUGGUGGCAAUGUAUGACUUUGAGCCUACAGAACAUCAUGAUUUGAGAUUAGAGAAAGGUGAAGAAUAUAUGGUGAUUGAGAAGAACGACAUUCACUGGUGGAAGGCGAGAGACAAAUAUGGAAAACAAGGAUAUAUUCCAAGCAACUAUGUAACAGGAAAGAAGUCCAACAACCUUGAUCAAUAUGAGUGGUACAGCAGAAACCUGAACAGAAGCAAGGCAGAGCAGCUCCUCAGAAACGAGGAUAAAGAAGGUGGUUUUGUGGUGAGAGACUCAAGUCAGCCUGGCCUGUACACAGUUUCCCUUUAUACAAAAUUUGGAGGAGAAGGUUCAUCAGGAAUAAGACACUACCAUAUAAAAGAAACAGUGACGUCACCAAAGCAGUACUACCUCGCAGAAAAACAUCUCUUUAACUCCAUUCCAGAAAUAAUUGAGUAUCAUAAACAUAACGCAGCAGGUCUCGUUACCAGGCUGCGUUACCCAGUGACCCCAAAGAAGACGACAGCACCAACAACGGCAGGAUUCAGCUAUGAGAAAUGGGAAAUUAAUCCCUCGGAACUGACGUUCAUGAGAGAACUGGGGAGCGGUCUGUUCGGCGUAGUGCGCCUUGGGAAAUGGAGGGCGCAGUAUAAAGUGGCCAUCAAGGCAAUUCGGGAGGGUGCGAUGUACGAAGAGGAUUUCAUUGAAGAAGCUAAAGUAAUGAUGAAGCUAACACAUCCUAAAUUAGUGCAGCUGUAUGGUGUGUGCACACAGCAGAGACCUAUUUACAUCGUGACGGAGUUCAUGGAGCACGGCUGCCUUCUCAAUUACCUGAGGCAAAAACGGGGAGUUUUGAGUAAAGACGUCCUGCUCACUGUGUGCCAAGAUGUAUGUGAGGGAAUGGAGUACCUGGAGAGAAACAGCUUUAUCCACAGAGACCUGGCUGCCAGGAACUGCUUGGUGAGCGAGUCAGGAGUGGUCAAAGUGUCGGACUUUGGAAUGACAAGGUAUGUCCUUGAUGAUCAAUACACAAGCUCCUCAGGGGCUAAAUUUCCUGUGAAGUGGUGCCCCCCAGAAGUUUUUAAUUACAGCCGAUUCAGCAGCAAGUCAGAUGUCUGGUCAUUUGGUGUUUUAAUGUGGGAAGUAUUUACAGAAGGAAAAAUGCCGUUUGAAAAAAGCUCCAACUAUGAAGUGGUAACGAUGGUUAGCCAAGGGCAUCGUUUGUAUCGGCCCAAACUAGCCUGUAAGCAGGUGUAUGAAGUCAUGAUGAUGUGCUGGCAGGAGAAACCAGAGGGACGCCCAACUUUUGAAGACUUGCUUCACAUAAUCAUUGACAUUGCCGAGGGUGAAGAUGCUUUCUGAAAAAAAAGCCAGCAGCAGCACAAGUACAGAAGGCACUUUCCAGAGACGUGGCUUCACCAUUUCUUUUUAAAGGCUUGAUUCUGUAAGCUGCUGGAGGCUGCUAAAUGGCAUGGGGAGCCUGUAACAUCUGAUCUGCCUCGACAGGAGGAGAGUUCUACGUGAUGUUAGGAAAUGAGGACGGUAUCUUCAGCAAUAGUAGCCGUCUGUACUUUCUCUGAGAAGUCAGCGUUGCAGAGCGGGCAAGUUGAGCUCUUUAUGGAGGAAGAGAGAACGUGGCCAAAGCCCAAGAGCUUCAUUUGCCUUUACUGGGUUGGGUUCAUGUAUAUACAGUCCACAGUUUCUGAGUUUCUCUUUACACAGGCAGUAGUAUUAGUAGUGAUUUGCAUGCUUAAAAAUUGAAGGUAUCUAUAAAACGCUAUUUACUGACAUUGAAAUCUUUCCAGAGAUUCUCCAGAAACAUUCUUUUUCUUCGUUGAUGGGUGUUUCCUGACACAUCAAGAACACAAAACGUGUCUCUCUUGUUUGCACAUAAUAGGUUGUUAACAGCAGUCUUCAGUUUAGUGUAACACUCAAAAAGCUUUGCUUCAGACCUGAGUCGUGAUAUGCCCCAAGCGAUUCCGUGCUGUUUGGUCAACCAGAGACCUCCCACAGUUAGUUUUGAUGUUACUUGUGAAAAAUAAGUCCCAGAUUCAGCACGACGGGCUGUCAGUGUACCAUAGUACCUUGUUUUGGAUUAAUUAUAAAAUAAUUUAUAUGCUGUAUGUAUUGUAAAUAUAUAAAUUCCAUGCAUUUAUUUAUAUAAAGUGUGGUUUCUUCUUGAAAUUUUCAAGUACAAGUUUGUCCUACCUUCACUUAUAUCCGCAGCUCGACCCAUGGGGUUGUAAAUGAAAGAAAGUACACUCUCAAGUGUGUUUAAGGAGGGCUCCCCUUUCUGUCUGUCAUCUGUACGUACAGUGAUCUAACCUUUCUGUUCUUAACAGAAAAUGUCAUGCUACGUGUGUACGUAAAUAAACCGAAUGUUAACUAUUGUUUGGAACCAACUAAUGCGUUGCCAGUAAUUUACUGUCAGUGCAUCAUAAGCCAAAACUGAUUGUUCAUGUGAACACGGUGUUAUGAUAGCCUAUGGAUAUCUGUGCGUAUACACACU